AUGGCGGCGAUCUGGCGAAGAGCAUGGAGCUCCAAGAAGGUUUCAUCCGCCGGGCGCGGCUACGGCGCUCGGCAGACGAUUUUUGGCAGCAUCAGCACCACCACCACUUCAGGUUCAGGUACCCGUACCACCAUGACCCUCUCGACCUCCGCGAACACCAUCAGAGACGAGGAGGAAGAGAGUGCCAUGGAGCUCAGGCAGGAGGAGGUUGUGAAGAUGCGCCGGCACAUGAGGGGCCUGGUGGAGGAAUUCCGUGCCGCUGCCGACGGCAACGCCACUGCGCCGGACAGGUGGCUCUCGGACCUGCACGUCGCCUGGCUUCUCCGUCUUGCCGAGCUCGACGCAUCCGGGCAGAGGACCUUCAUCUCACGGUCACGGCAGCUACAGAGUCAUGCGCAGACUUGGAUCCCGGCUCUGCGGGUCAUCAGCACGUCCGUAUGGAAAUGCUUAAAUGGACUUCACAGCGACGGUGAAGCAACCGUUGGGCCACCGGCUACAGAAUUUGUACAGUUUCUCAAGGCAACGUUGCUGAAGAUGUUCACCUUUGUUGACGCGAUUGUCGCUCUUGAUCCUCUGAAUGUUGAUGGUGCCAGUGCCACCAGCCAACAGCAUGUUCCUUCUAGCAGUGUGAUGGGGGCUUCUGAGAAGGUCCGGGCACUGCUAGAUGUGCGCCAUGCUCUCUCUGCAGCCUCAGAACAGAUCAUGGUGGCUUUAUGUUCCUCACCCUAUGUGCUUGUCACAAGGGUAGUUGACGAUAUCGAAGGCCUCUUGUCAGCACAACUGGGUAAGCUGGAUCAGGUCGUACGGGACACAUUUGAUCACAUCAGGACUGCUGUCGUCACUCCAUCCUUGGACGACGACAACGACUCCUCCUCUGCUACUCAGACGACCCUGCUGCAAUCAUCACCCGCUAUCCACAAGGUCACUCAGUCCGUCACAAACUAUAUCAAUAUUGUGUUGUCCACUGAAGCAUUGCUCACCGUGAAUUAUGCACGUCAUCAGGGAGAUACGUCUUCUUUGACUACCCUGACAAUGGAGGUAGUCGGUUCCCUAGAGGAAGAGCUUGCCAGAGUGUCGCAGUGGUUCCCAGACCAGAGCCUCAGGUUUAUCUUCUUGAUCAACAACUCCUACCUCAUACGGCAGCUGCUCGACACAAGUUGGCCUCCCCAUCUCCAUGACCUCACGUACCUAAGGUUUUUGAACAGCCUCACAAACAGAAUCGACAGAUACAUACAGAGUUAUCUGCAGGUUUCUUGGGCACCGGUGUUGGAAUGCCUGCACAAUCCCACGUUUCGUUGCUUCACGAGAGACUCACCGCUGCCAAAGUUCAAGUCCAAGUUUCAGUCGACCUACGCUGCGCAAAAGCUCUGGAAAGUCCCGGAUCCUGAGCUGAGGAAAAUGCUGCGUGAAGCUAUCAUCGAGAAAGUCGUUUCAGGCUUUACGGAAUACUUGGAGGAUAACAAUAGGAUCAUCCCAGGAGUCUCUCCUCAGGAGGUGGAGGAGAUGCUGCAGGAACUAUUUGAAGGAUGA